UUUGGGUGACUUUAGUUCUGUAGCGGUUGUGAAGAUACAUAUCUGGUACAUAACUGUCACCCUAACGUGAUUCAGAGGUGAUGAUCUAACUGCCUGCCGCUGACUCGUCUGACAGCUUGCUGAUUUAAGAUACUUGUAGUUUUCUUCCCGACGUUAGGGUGCUCGUCAGCGUGCGCACACUGCCCGCCCUUUGCCAAGAACAUUGCCGACUUCAGGGAGGCUGGCGAGUGGGGGGAGUGAAGAGAGACAGUCAUUUUUUCCCUUGGUCCUGAGGGGUCUCCUUCUCUAUAUAAGGCACUGUGAGCUGCUCGGGAGUUACACAGCUCCUGUGUGCUUCAGGAACACCGCCAACAAGCAGCAGCCCGGUGCUCUCACAAGGGAAUAAUACAGCUCUCCAGCGCGCAGAGGAAACCGCUCCGAAAUAUUCAACUGAAUACUUGAGAAAGACAGAGGUUGCGUCUGGGACUUUAAACGCACUCUGCCUGUCUACUGCAGUCUGAAAGUUCAACCCAGACAGCUGAAGUGUCAGAAUGACCUGCGCUGCCAUGACCUGGAUCCUUGUCUUCUCCCUCCUGCUGUUGUGCGUCAGUGACUCAGCUUCCCUCUUCCUGCCCGACUCCAAUGAGCUCAGGCAGCUGCUGAGCCGCUACGAGGAGGCAGCGGACCAGAACAGCCCCAGCAACACAGCUGGCAAUAGGACCCGACGUGCCAUCCGCUGGUCGGACCGUGAGGAGAUCCUCCAGCUGCACAACAAGCUGAGGGGCUCCGUUUACCCCACUUCCUCAAACAUGGAGUACAUGGUUUGGGAUGAUGAGUUGGAGCGGUCUGCCACUCAGUGGGCAGAGCAGUGUCAGUGGGACCAUGGACCGCAGGACCUGCUCAUGUCUAUUGGACAAAACCUGGCUAUUCACUGGGGAAGAUACCGCUCUCCUGCCUUCCAUGUCCAGGUCUGGUACGAUGAAGUGGAACACUACACCUAUCCCUACCCCCAGGACUGCAAUCCUUGGUGUCCAGAACGCUGCUCUGGGCCUAUGUGUACCCAUUACACCCAGCUGGUCUGGGCAACCACUAGCCGAGUGGGCUGUGCUGUGCACGUGUGUCCAAGAAUGGACGUGUGGGGAGACAUAUGGGAGAACUCUGUUUACCUUGUGUGCAACUAUUCCCCAAAGGGCAACUGGAUCGGUGAGGCUCCAUACCAGCAGGGCCGCCCUUGUUCCCAGUGCCCUCCCAGCUAUGGAGGAGGAUGUAAGAAUAAGCAAUGCUACAAAGACUCUCAGCGCUCAGAGACAGAGGACAUGAAUGAGGUGGAGAAGCCUCAGGGUCCACUGCCACCUCGUACCACCCCCAAACCUGCCCCCAAACCUGCCCCCAAACCUAGAGCAUCUACUCCCAAAAAACCAGCAUCCAAACCCACCACACCAAGGACGCCAUCUUCAAAGACUCCCAGCAACACCUUUCUUGCUCAACACAUCAAGUGUGAGACUAGACUGCGAGAUAAGUGUAAAGGCACUACCUGCAACAGAUAUACAUGUCCUGCUAACUGUCUGAAUAAGAAAGGGAAAGUUUGGGGAACUCUCUUUUACGAUGUGCAAUCAAGUAUUUGCCGUGCUGCUAUUCAUUUUGGUGUCAUUGACAACAACGGAGGAGUGGUCGACAUUACUAGGAUGGACAAGUAUCCGUUCUUUGUCAGAGCCACUAAGAAUGGCAUUGAGUCCUUCAGUAAAUAUAAACCCGGUAAUGCCUUUGUGGUGGCCAAAGUGGAAGAAAUGACUGCUGACUGCUACACCACAGUGGCUGAAAUCUGCCCUUUCAAAACGCCCAACUCACACUGUCCAAGGGUCUUCUGUCCGGCCAACUGCAAAACUCAGCCUUCCUAUUGGUCGCCUGUAAUUGGAAACAACAUCUACACCGAUAGCUCCAGUAUUUGUAAAUCAGCCAUCCAUGCAGGGCAAAUCAAAGCAGAUGGCGGUUUUGUGGAUGUUCUGCCACUGGACAAGAGAAAGAACUAUGCUGGAGUCCUGAAAAAUGGCAUCCAGUCUGAGAGCAAGAGCAACACAGAGGGAGGCUCUUUCCGAGUCUUUGCUGUGAGGGAGUGAGACUUCUGAUCAGAAUCCCUGAGACCAACAGAGUCACCUCAGCUGCUCUUGAAGAGCAGGACGUGCCCACAGGUUGGAUACCAUGGCUGUUAAUCUGUCUCUGUGCCUUCAGUGGAAACAGAAAGUCCCAGCAGAUUUGUUCUUAAACAAUAGCCACCCAGAUAUAGAUAUGUCUACAUACUUACUUUAUCUGUGAAUACAGAAUGUUUUUACAUAUUAUGAUGCUUUGACCAGCUGGUGCUGGAAGUUCUGAUUUGGACAUGUUUCGCUGAAAUUAUUAUGUUUACAUUGAUGUUCCUAUUACAAAUUCAGAUUGGUUUUCUUACGCAGAAAAUGUAUACUGAUCACACUGUAUUUAAUCAUCGUGUACAGAAUGUAUGAUAUUUUGUUUGUUUAUUGUUUUAUUUUGUACCAUAAAUUAACAUUUAUAUGUCUAUUCUGAUUUUAUAUUUCCUUUCAUUGCCUUUUUUCUGCUCACCGGGAUAGUCUUUCCUUUUUGCUCUUGAGGAUUUGGCCUGUGAAACCAAAUCUAUGUCUCGAUUGUAUUUAUAAGUUAAGUGUUGAGCUCAUUGUGAGUGAGGAUGUUUUGUUGGCUGGGUAGACCAGAACUCGUCAAGCAAAAUAUACAAGAUACAAAAGGGGAGGAAGAAAUAGGGAGGUAAUUGGAAGCAGCAGCAGGCAGUACAUAGAUUAUGUUCACCUUAAGAAGACUGUUUUCACAAACAGUCCCAGACAUGUGGAGGUGAUUUAGUGAAGGUGUUACAUUGCUAGGUUUAAUAUGUAGCAUGUGGUAGCUGCAGAUGGCUCCUCAGAAUGGUCGCCUUAUUGUACAUGUAUUAAAUAACGAUCGCAGACAGUAAACAUGUUAAAGAUAAUACACAGUCAUUUCAUAUUUAUUAUUGCUUAGUGCUUUUCUCAUUUUCUCAUCUCUCUUGUUUCUGUAAGAUUUAUGAAAAUGCUAAAUUUGCCCCCUCCCCACCUAAGACAGAUGAAUGUGUCACAUGUUUCAGGUCAGAGAGAGUUUUAUGUGUCAAGACUAGCUCAUAUCUUGAGGUGUGUUAAUGUGUUAAAGAAUCUCAUUAUCAAACUGCAGUUUAUUCACUUUGGAACAAUAUACACUAUGCAGUGUAGAUGAGAUACAGACACCUGUAAUGUCUAUCACUAUACUGGUUUGAGGCACCGUUGCCAAUGCUUCAGUCCUGAGUUGAAUACUUUUCUUGUUUAAAAAAAACAAAGAACUAGUCUACUACACUAGUCUUGACAUAGGUCUCUACAGUGUUUCUGCUGUGUCUCUUAAAUGCACAGAAACAAAAAAUACAUUUUAGUAUAGUAAGCAUCAGCCAUGUAAAGUAAUUAAACGGACUUUCAGUCUAAUUUGUACUUCAGGACUGUGGUGUCCAGUUGUACCAUUAAGUAGUGUCACUCUAUCUGUUUGUUUCCUUGAGGAUGCAAAACAUGCAAACAGAGAGUGUUUUCAAAGUACAAGACAAGGCUGUAAAUAUAUCACAAAUACCUGGCCAAGAAAAAAAAAAGCAUCUUUAUCUCUAUUCUACCUCAGCCCUAUUGCUACGCUAAGCAUUUAAGUCUCUUCUAUAUGGGAAUUUUUAUGGGAAAUGCUGAAAGUUUUGUCGAGUUAUGGGAACUGUAAAUACUGUUUUUCCUGUUUUUGAACAAUCCUUAAUGCAGUAAGAUAUAAUUCAAUUGUUUAAAUGUAUUUUGUAAUUGUCUUGUUUUUAUACAGUUGUGGGAAGGGUUCUAUAAUUUUUGCACAAUUUGAAAAUAAAGUACGACAUACAAAUGCUA